CGUAACGUAAAAGCUUUUUAUCGUUUUGGAUUUCGUUGGCAGUUCUUUUUACGACAAACAAACCAUUUCCGGGGACUGCCAGCGUGGAUAAAUUUUUUGCUGCGUCAAUUACAAAUUUAGAAACAAACAUGGCAGAAAAGGCAGAAGAAGCUGGAAUAAACAGUGCCGAAGUUGAAUUGCCAACUAAAGAAGGAAUGGAGGCUGAAGCACCACCGCCAUAUAAUCCCCCAGCACAGACAGGAGCUGAUGCCCAGUUUCAGAUGUUUAUGGACCCUAUGUUUGCUGAACUCGAAUCAAGAGUUAAAGAACAUGAAAGAAUUUUGGACAAAAUUAAUGACGAUAUGAAGAGAGAGCAGGAGAUUGAGAGGAAAGCCAAGGAACAGGCUCAUCUACCUGGUCCAUUGAAGGGGAGUGGUCAAGAAUUAACAGAUGUUAUGAAGAAGGUUGAAGAAAUGAUUGUUUAUGAGAUUGAUGAAAAUGAAGAGGAUGAGGAAAAUAAAGAAGAAGAAAAACCGUUUAGUUUUAUGGAGCAGUGGAUUGAGAACCGGCGUAAAAGAGCUAUGGGCGAGGAACCAGUUGAGGAAGAUGAAAAACCAGAAGAACCCAAAAAACCACAAAAAGACAGAAAACGUAUGCAGAUACGUAAGCUGGAUGAUCAUGGUAAUGCAGCAGUGACGUCACACAGUCUGGCCGCAUACGUCUCAUGUUUACAAGGUGACCAUCUGAAGAGAUUUACAUCGAAAAUUACAGCAGAUUGUCAACUCUGGCUAGCCAAAAUGUUCAGGUUUGACGAGGCGUCGGUUUUCUACCAUGAAGAAUCUAGAGAUGGUCUUGUACGAAUCUGCCGCUUAGCUUUGUAUCAGAAAUAUCCGAAGUAUAUUACUGAAGGGUUUGAGGCCCUAUAUUCUAGACCACCUGUGAUAUAUAUAAGUUCAGCUGCCCAGCCUGGACUCAGUAACUACCUAUGCUUACAGUUGGGUCUUCCCAUGUCAUCUAUAUGUUCUGUACCAUGUAAUACCUUGUUUGGAUCCAACACCAAAAUGCGACCAAACAGACAUGAACGUAUGGUAAGUUUCGAAGGGUACGAAACCUUGGUACUUUACACCUAUAUGUCAUGUAUAUGUUAUGAUUAUUGUGUUAUUUUAAUGGACCUCUAUCACCUGCAGUUGACAAUUCUGUGUUCUGAAGUUUUUCCUGCAUGUGAAUUUCUGCAUUUUUCUGCUUUUGUGUUGAACUAUACACAAAUUUCUGUAGAAGAUAACUGUUUGAAAUUUUUAUGCCCCCACAAU